GGCCCAGAUGAUCCCACUCCCUCCAUAAAUAAACUUCCGAUUUUCCCAUAAUCACUGCCAAAUCUCUCUCAGAAAACCAUGGAUGUGUUGGGAUUCCCGCUCGAAGCGCUCCUCCUCGGCCACUACUACCUAACCACGGCUAGGAGCUUCUGGACUUGGAUCGCUGUACUGACCGCCGCAUUCAGCUUCUGGCGAAUCACAGCCGUCAGUUCUCGAAGCCGGCAAAAUUCCGACAAUCCUCGGUCAUUUCAAGAUCCGACACCGCCAGCCGCAGCAUCCAGCGAACCUGAAGAACCCCAAAAGACGCCGUUAGAUUUGACGCCGUCCGUGCCCCUGAAACCCGACGCGGAGUAUCCUGCCGUUUGCUCCGUCAGCGAUAACGUCGUACGGAAGGCCGGGAAGUUCGCGGCGUAUUACUGCGAGGAGGAUGACGGCGCGUCAGAUGAAGAGGAAGGCGAAUACGAACGGUGUGACGGCGUUUCUGGCGAAGAUGAGGGCGUCGACGAACGGUAUGACGGCGUUUCUGGUGAAGAGGUGGGCGUUGUUGGAGAAUGUAACGGCGUUAGCGGAGUAUUUGACGGCGUUUGGCCUUUUGGGGUUAGAGCUGGAUUGCCCGUUGUGAGAACAGGGGAUUUUGGGUGGUACCAGUGCCAAGAUUUAACGGCGAUUAACGGCAGCGUGGUGAGGCUAUGGGCCGGAGGGAGACGGAGGAGGUCGUCGUUAAGACGGGCUUCUCUGGGGGCAUGAUGGGAAUUUUUGUAAUUGUAAGUGUAUAUAAUCGUCCGGCGUCUGGUCAGGAUUUUCAAAUAUAAUAUUCCAGGAAUAUUCUCUCUCUA